CCAUGAAUUGAGGACACAUAUGGCUGCAAUAAUUGGGCUACUUGACAUUCUUAUGUCUGACGACUGUCUAACCAACGAACAGUGUGCAACGGUUACUCAUAUAAGAAAAUGCUUGACAGUGCUGUUCCGGCUUCUUAAUAACAUCCUGGAUCUCAGCAAGGUGGAAUCAAGAAAGCUAGUUCUAGAAGAUGCUGAAUUCAACUUGGGAAGGGAACUUGAAGGACUAGUGGAUAUGUUUUCUGUGCAAUCCAUGAAUCACAGUCUAGAGACUGUCUUAGACCUAUUUGAGAGACGGCCCUUGAAAAUGCCAAGCAACUAGUAAGGAACUUAGAAACAAAGCUUGACUCAGCUAAUGCUCAGCACCUUAAGGAGAAAGAAGAAUGGGGACUAAGCCUUAAAAAUGUAGAAGAAACGUGGCGAAGUAACAAACCUUGGCUGCCUGAUGAAAUUGUAGCUUAUACUUGUAUGAAUUUGAUUUUAGAAGG